CCGGCGUUUGCAGGAGAGCGGCGAGGACCCCCCCUUGCCAUUCGGUCCAUUCCAGCCGGGGAUGCUGCAUAGUCUCAAGUAAAGUCGAGCUGACAAGCGCAAGACUUUCCAAUGUCGCAUCGGCACAACUAAGCUGUAGAUUGACUAACCCUUUAGUUCGUCUUGCAGGUAUCCCGACUGGCGGAACAAUAGCUUUUGUUUCUCUUGGGCUUCUUGGCAAGUAUAAAAGAUACGAACUUGGGAGUCUCGGCCGAGCUGAGUGGAACCUUGACUUCCACUGCCUUUGAAGCUCAUUACCGGGCAGGUAGAUGUUAUUGUUGAGAGACUUUGGCUCCAGGUUCCCAUAAGUAGAGCGUGGUUUGUCCCGGGUUGUUAAGGACAUGGUCUUUGAUACCUCAGCCUCUCUGCUUUUGCCCUGCCGUCUUGUUUUUGCUUCUUAGGAUACCUCUUAGUAUACCACCGCCAUCAACAUCAUGAAGUUCACUUCUCUUCUCGCCUCCUUGGCGCUGAGCGCCCUCACCUCCGCCGCCCCCGCUGCCUCUCCCGAGCCUGCCGAGCUCGCGGCCCGCGCCCCUACCCUCUACCUCUGCGGCGACAGCACCAUGGCCAGGAGCAGUGACUCCCAGAUGGACGGUUGGGGCCAGUACGUCUCAAAGUACCUCAACAUCGCCGUCGUCAACCGCGCCAUUGGCGGCCGCUCAUCCCGUUCCUUCUGGAACGAGGACCGCUUCCAAAACGUCGCCAACGAGGUCAAGGCCGGCGACAUUGUCGUCAUCGAGUUCGGCCACAACGACGUCGGCUCCCCGCGCUCCAACGAUAACGGCCGCUCCGUCUGCGGCGGCGAGGGCACCGAGACGUGCAUCUCUGACGUGACGGGCGAGACCGUCUACACCUACGUCUUUUAUGUCAUCCAGGCCGCCAAGCUCAUGACCGCCAAGGGUGCCACCGUCAUUCUCAGCUCGCAGACACCCAAGAACCAGUGGGCUACGGGAACCUGGGUCGGCACCCCGUCCCGCUUCGUCGCCAUGCAGAAGAAGGCCGCCGCGACCAUCAACGACCCGGCCGUCACUUUCGUCGACCACCACCAGGCUGUCAGCAACAUGUACCUCAAGCUUGGAUCGUCUGCCGUCAAGGCCCUGUACAUCAAGGACAACACGCAUACUAGCGCGGCUGGUGCUGACCUCAGCUCCCAGGCUUUCGUCCAGGCCAUCUACCAGAAGAUGAACGGCACGACCAGCCUCGCUGCCCACGUCAAGACACCCAUCAAGACCGUCUACUAGUCGGCAGAUCGAACUUCAUAUGCGAGGAUAAGGGGAGGUUAUGGUGGCGGGACGUAUUGUAUGGGAGAGUAAUGUGGUUGUCUCGUUGAAGAGCUUGGUCUCUGAUGACUUGACGGUUCGAAAUUCACUGUAUAUGUUUCAAACAAAUUAGCCGAGGCUCUGUAAAUAGUCAACAAGCCUUCACAUCAUUCAAAUGCUUUGUUAAUGCUAUAUGUGCUCGACAAUCUUCUCAAUCCAUUAUCCCUGC